AAGUAAUGUUAUCAAAGAAUUAUCAGGUAAUUUUAAGAUUUCGUCAUAUUUGGUUGUGCAUCAUUUUUGUCUUUACAGUACUUUAUAUAUAUAUAUAUAUUUUAAACUGUAUUCUCCAUGAGACUCUGCAGCAGGUUUCCAGACGGCAGAUCUCCAGCACGGUCCGCAGGCAGCUGGUCAACAAGGUGCCAGACAAACAGAAACUCUUUCAGGAGGCUAAUGGGAUGCCAGUUCAUCUGAAGGGAGGAGUCAGUGAUGCUGUACUUUACCGUGCAACUAUGGGUCUCACAGUGCUAGGAACUGCAUAUGUCAUAUAUGAACUAGUAAAGGCAGCUCUCCCUCAGAAGAAGGGCUGAUGUCAG